AUGAAGCUAUUGGACUGUCUUGGGGAUAAGAGGAAGCCGGAUAUAAAGACCCACAGAAACCCCAUGAAAGGGAUUCUACGGCCGUCCAUUGUUGAUCGCAUCCACUGGGGGGAACCGACGAUAGUGUGGAUUGGGCUCGGGUCGAAUGACGAGGGCGCAUGGCCUCCUUUGGCCCCUCCGGCGCUGCUCGUUCCCGGCACUCGUCCAGCGCUAACAGUAGAAUCUCUUUUGAAUUAUCCAUUCCAUCGCUGGCCUGACACCAGUGGUGGGUCAACCCCUGGUGGAUACUCGAUUCGAUUCCAUGAUGAUGAUGUUAACGACCGGUUGGACGAUGAUGAUAUUCAGGGGAAUGAUGUAGGAGACCUGUACCAGGACCAACAAGCAGCACCCCAGUCAUUAUAG